ACGGCCGCCUUCUCCUCGCAGGCAUGUGGUAUUUACGCGCAAAUCGCCAUGGUGACAGUUUUAUAAAGUGCAAAGUUUGAGCAAACCGCCCCUUGCACAGUGAAGCAGGGGCUCUGGAGCAGGGCCAUUUGCAUGAGCCGAAAGCGCAGGGCGCUCGCAGGGGAGGAGCGUGUUCCACGGGGCCAACGUGAGCACAUCCUCAAAAAGCAGGUGCGCUGGUCAGGGGCAUCAUUUGGGAGCGCGCGCACACACGCAGACCUUCGCUUCUUUCGCAGACAUGGCCUCCACCACCUCCAGCGGCGUGUUGCCCAGCGGCUGCAAGAUACUCUGCAAGAUGCCCGAUCUCCUCUUCAUCCCUGAGUUUGUGGCCGGUGGUCUGGUGUGGACGCUGGUGGCCUCCACAGAAGUACUGAUUCCCAACCCUCAAGGUUGGGUGAUGUUCGUGUCCAUCUUCUGCUUUGUCAUGACCACCAUCUGGUUCAUCUGUUUCCUCAGUGGAAUCAACCAGAAUGGUUCCUAUUGGCCAACACUGGAUGUGACUUAUCAUUUCAUCGCCGCGGCCCUCUACCUGAGCGCUGCUGUUCCGGAGGCACUCAUCACCAUCGAGCUGAAAGCGAUCGCCGUUAAUCCGCCCGGACUGAAGAUCUACCGGGAGAACAUCGCAGCGGUGGUAAUGGCCUACGUGGCCACGCUCCUGUACGCAGUGCACACAAUCUUCUCAGCCAUCCGGUGGAAAUCUUCCUGAAGAAAGCCAUCGCGAGAUAACUGCCAUGACGUGGAACAGAAAAACAAAACAAAACAAACAAAAAAAAAAACACUUGGGAUUGUGGAGUUUAAGAAUCUGUAUGGCCUGUGUUCAGUUGGGAUUUGUCCUUAACUUUGACAAGUAAAUGUCAGUGUUACAUUUCGUCUUUACAAACUCCGUUUGGCAGGUUACUUUUAGUGAUUGCCGAAUUGUUUGUGAUGCAAAACAAAUUCUUGCUUUCAAUUGUUUAGUCAAAGACAAAUGGUGAGUUGAGUCCUCUUAAUGACCUUAUGCUUGUGUUUUAACCAAAGCUUCAGAAUGCACAAGACUCAAGCGUGUGUAUUUUCUGAAAAUGAAAAAGAAAUAUAUAUAUAUGACUGGUAUUUUUCAUGAGAAAUGUAUAGAAGCUAAAUAAAUACACACUUGUGUUUCAAUCUG